UAAGUAGAGACAGAACACCUCCUCACCUGCACACUGGCUGCAGUCUUUGGCUCUCAUCCAUUGCUGUGGCUUUUACUUCCCACAAGUUGCUAACCAUGCUGAAGAAGUUCCUGUUCACCUCGACCUUGUUAGCUUUGGUGCUGGCUUUCCCAAGAGAAAUACCAGAUAUGGUCACUUCUUACAGUGAUGACACAACAGCAAGUCCUACUGAUUUCACCACUUCCUACAUAGUGGAAACAACAUCACAGACAAAUGAUUUCACCAGAUUUUAUACUGAAGAGGCAACAGCAGAAACAGUUGACGUCACCACUUCUUACACUGAGGAGACAACGGCAGAGCCAAAAGAUAUAACCACAUUUUACACUGAAGAGUCAACCCUAGAGGUUACAGAGGACCCUGUAACCAGUCUGAGUGGAGAAUACAAGACUGGAACUGCUGAACCUACCUCUUUUGUGACUGGAGAAGAGUUCAAGGAAUCCAGCACCAGUGGGAGUGGAGAUCUGUGGAGUGAGUACCUUGAAUCCAGCACCCUCACAAAUGAAGCCUAUUCAACUGGAACAGCCAAUGACUCCAGGACCAUCUCCACUGAACUACAUACGCUGGAUGGAACAUCUGAACCCAGCACCAGUUUGAAUGGAGAAUCUGUGACUGAGGGAGCACAGGGAUCCAGCAACCUCCAGGGUAAUGUGGGAAGUGAAGAUCAACCCUAAUAUGAUGCACAAAUAAAUCGAGACUGAAGAGGCAUAACUCACCUCCCAGUGACAUCAGCUUUAUCACAGAAACAUUUGAGUCUUAGAACUACAUAGCAUUUAGGUUUAGUUUUGUAGGAUAUUGCUGUUAAAUUCCUAGAGGUAUUUUGCAUUCUGUGGUACUUUGAUUCCUAUUUGUGUUUUAUAAUUUAUUAACAGGGUGGAAAAAAGGCACCUCCUGAGUUUUAGUCCCAUCCCCAUUUUGUUCCCAGGAAUAUAAAGAAGAUGAGACCUCCUGCAGGUCACAAACAGCUGCUCAACCCAAACUCAUAGCUAUUCACAGCCUCACAUAGGCCCCCAGAAUCCUCAGUGCUGAUUCCCAAGAUGUGAAAGGACAGUUAUAGUUAUAAGAUUUUAUAUAUAAACCGUUGCCUUUAACCCUUGAAAAAACUGGCUGGUCAUCUGGUGGAUGGAACCUGGGGACAGGCUAAUAGCUAAGGCUUUUGGGUGGCCACUGGGAGGUACUGUGGGGAGGAAACAUUUCUGGCCACUGAUAGACAGGUUGUAUUAGGACUCUUGCAAGGAGGAUAAUGUCCUGACCUGCCUUUUUCCAUGAUUUACCAGGCCUGAAUUCCUAGUAUGAUUUGCUUGCCCCUUCUGCUGGUUCCUGGCUGCUAUCUCUGCAGAGAGAGAGCUACGUUGUAUUAGGAGAACAGUAUGGGAGUGAGCAGGAACUGGUAGGCAUGUGGUUCAGAGUGGCUCCAGGAAGAGAGGCAGGACCAAAGGCUGUAGGUGGGAGCUCAGUCAUCACAGAAUGAGGGGUGGGGAUAAGAUGGUGUGUGUUUUUUCGUUCCCUUUGGGGAUGGCGAAAGAACAGAAGUGGAUAGGGGAAUGCUGUGAGGACAUCAUCUUCAGGGCCUUAUGGGAGUAAGCAACUGGAUUUAAAGGUGAUAAGAACCUGUGUAUUUCUGUUAAAUGAGUGCCACUGUUGUCUGGUGAUUAGAGUUGGGGGGUGAGGGGAGGGCUGCAAGUGUGGAUUUCUGAGUUCUGCUGUCAUUUCUGGGAGCCGAGAUCUGCCACAGGCAUGCUGUAUGACCUUGGGCAAAUCAAUUUGGCCUUGUUUUCAGAGAUGCUGAGCUCCAAAAACUCCAGCUCAACUUGUGGGUAGGGUUCCCAGGUGUAUGUUUUUUCACCGGAACGCCCAGUCGAAAAGGGACCCUGGCGGCUCCGGUCAGCACCACUGUCUGGGCUGUUAAAAGUCCAGUCAGUGGCACAGAGGGGCUAAAGCAGGCUCCCUGCCUGCCCUUGCUCUGUGCGGCUCCUGGAAGCAGCUGGCAUGUCCCUCCCACUUCUAGGCGCAGGGGCAGCCAGGGGGCUCCGAGCACCAGCUCCACAGCUCCUAUUGGCCAGAAACCGCAGCCAAUGGGAGCUGUGGGGGUAGCACCUGCGGACUGGGACAGUGUGCGGAGCCGCUUGGCUGCGCCUCUGCCUAGGAACCAGAGAGACAUGCUGACCACUUCUGGGAGCCGCCUGAAGUAAGUGCCGCCUGUAGCCCACACCCUCUCCUGCGCCCCAACCCCAUGCCCCAGCCCUGAGACCACUACCACACCCAAACUACCUCUUGGAGUCCGCUACCCCUCCCGUACCCCCUGCCCCAGCCCAGUGAAAAAGAGCAAGCAAACGAGGGGGUGGGGGGGAUAGAGCGAGCGACGGAGGGAGGGGGGAUGGAGUGAGCAGGGGUGGGGCCUCAGAGAAGGGCAGGGGAGGGGUCUCGGGGGAAGGGGAGGGCAAGGGUGUUUGGUUUUCUGCAAUCAGAAAGUUGGCCACUCUGUGAAAUUCAGGCCCUUACCUGCUCUGAUUCCCAGUCUAUAAAACGGGGACAAUAACAUUUGCCAACCUCACUCUGAGCAACUUGGAUGAAAGUUGUUAAUUAUCAUCAUGAAGAGGGUGAUCAUCUGAAAAGACAGAAGAGGUGGCUGGAGCUGCGCUGCAGCCUGGAUUAACUGAAUUGAUGAUGGACUAUAUAGGUCAUCGUUGAAGGAUGAGCAUGGCUGGACCCGCUAGAUCUGCGUCAGAGGUGAAGUGCAUUCGUUGUACAGCAAUUAUAUCUGAAAAUGCUCAGAGUUGCUAUUUUUUCUUUCUAUCACAGACAUAAGUUUUGUUUCCCCAUGUCUGCAGUAAGCUCUGUUUAAAUAAUAAAUAUACCACAAUGAAAUUAAUGAGUGUGUGACAUGCACUGUUUACACUGCAUAUCUCUUCCAUGUUCAGCUUUCUGCUGGAUGCCAAGAAUCAUUUCCUAGAACAGAUUCACCAUCCUGCUAGUAUUUUAUGCCAGGUUGGCCUUCCCCCUUAUUUAUAACCUUUUACUAUAACUUUGUGUUAAUAAAUUGGCAUCAUAAAUAAUUUUUAAAAAUAUUAAUUUAAUCAUUCUUUUCAUUCACCCUAAUCCUUCUGAAUCUCCACAGCAGAACUGUAAACUCUGAGUGUUUUCUGGAAAACUGGUCUUUCCACAGAGUGAAGGGACAUACCACAAAUUAAAAAACAAAGCAAAUGAUAACUGUUCAGACAACUUCCAAAUAUUAUGGCUGCAUUGAAGAAAACUCAGCUAUGUGCACUGCUGCCCUGUAAUAUUUGAAAUAGGUCAGAACUACUCAUGUGCAGAUUUUUUAUUGUAACAAGAGCUGAAUCUAAAGGCAUA